AUGACGACGAUGACGAUGAUGAUGACGAUGAUGAUGAUGAUGAUGAUGAUGGCAUGGUGGGGAGCAAAGGGCGGCAAGUCGAGCAGUUACAGCAGCAGCAGCGGCGAGAGUAGCGAGGACAGGACGUAUGACGACUUGAUCGAGCACUCAGAGUGGGAGGGUUGGGAUGCUACCGUGGAUGAUGACCGAUAUGUGUUCUUUAUGGCCGACAAGGACUGGAGCUCGGGUUUCUGGCAUGUCAAGGCUACGGUGCCUGAGGACGCCACACUGGCCCAGCUUACGCUGCAGAUUCUGCGAUGGAAAAUCCGAUACUACGUCAAUCACAAAACGGUGAUGCAUCACAGCAGUACGACGACGUGGGAGACGAGCAUGGAGGGCGUUCUUACCUUUAUCAAGCCCAAUGCAGCAGUCUUUGACUUUGACGAGGGCUUGCCGCCGCCGCCGGGCGCUCGCUGCUGCUGCUUCAAAGAUUGCUCGGGCACGUACCAUCGCCGCAGCUUCGAGGCCGAUGUCUCAGGCACGAUCACCCGCAACGGUAAGUCUGUCCGUGGCAAGAGCUCAAGAAAACUCAAGGCCGGUAACUACGACAUACCCGUCCUGCUUCGUGAUGAACGCGCCUAG